UGACCUGUCACGUGACGCCGAAGUCCUUCCUCACGCAUUAGGUUAAACAUGGCAGCGCUCUUGAGAUCAGCGCGAGUGUUAAAGUUGUCCCCCUAUUCCCUCCUCCAGGCUGUAGGGGCGACCAAACAUGGAGCACCGCUUAGCAGAUUCUACAGCGGGGCGAUCGGUGGCCGAGGAAUUGGAUUUUGCACAAGACAAGGGGUCUCCAGUUCUGUCUUUGUAAACAGGUUGGUGUGUCCCCUGGCGGGGGUGAGGCGGUAUGCGGUGGCCCCGGAGCAGCAGAGUAAGGAGGAGGGCAGUGUUGGGCUGCGCUCCAAACAGGCGCAGCAGUUUGACUGGGCCCUGGCCAAGCUGGACAGCUCUGUGCGACGCACCGGACGCAUCACCAAAACACUGCUGCUGCGCAUCUUCCAUGACAUCUGCCGCUCUGGCUACCCCAGUGGGAACCAGGCCCUGCUGCUCCUGCGUAGCUGUGGCUCUCUCCUGCCAGAGAUGCCCUUCACCGAGCGCACAGAGUUGGCACACCGCAUCUGGGAAAAGCUGCAGGAGCUGGGAGCCUCCUAUGAUGCCAGCCAUUAUAACGCCCUUCUCAAGGUGUACCUGCAGAAUGAGCACAAGUUCUCCCCUACUGAGUUCCUAGCCAAGAUGGAGGCGGCCAACGUACAGCCCAACAGGGUGACCUACCAGAGGCUGAUCGCUGCCUACUGCCAGGAUGGAGACAUCGAGGGAGCGAGUCAAAUCUUGGGCUUCAUGAAGAGCAAGGAUCUACCAAUCACUGAAGCCGUUUUCAACUCCUUGGUGACUGGCCAUGCUCAUGCAGGGGACAUGGAAAGUGCAGAGAGCAUCCUAAAUGUCAUGAAGGGAGCAGGUAUUGAGCCAGGCCCAGACACCUAUGUGGCACUGAUGACUGCCUACGCUGACAAAGGAGACAUCGAGAAGAUCAAACAGACUCUGGAGACGGCGGAGAGCUCUGACGCCAGCCUGAUGGACAGGGACCUGAUGCAGGUGGUGUUCAGCCUGGCCAGAGCAGGUCACGCACAGCACGUGCCCGCCAUAGUGGAACGCAUGCGGCACGAGAGGGGCUAUGUGCCAGACGCCAUGAACCUGUGUCUGAGUCUGAUCACCCAGGGCCAGGAGGACACGGCCCACAUCGUCCUCAAGACCUUCCCCAUGCUGCAGAUGGAGGGACAGAACGGGGACUCUCCAGACAUGGGCAACUUCUUCCUUCGCCACUGCGUCAACAUGGAGAAGCCUUUGGAGAAGCUGGUUCAGUACUGCAGAGACCUGAGGGACUCCAACCUGCACACGACCCCCAUGCAGUUUUCACUCUACUGCGCCCUGGAGGCCAAAAAGACUGCUCUGGCGGUCGAGCUGAUGAAGGCGAUGAAGGAGGAAGGCCUGCCUGUCCGACCUCACUACUUCUGGCCUCUGCUCACACACCACCAGCGAGAGAAGAACACACCAGGCACUCUGGAGGUGUUGAGGGGGAUGCAGUCGUUGGGUAUUCAUCCUGACGUUGACACCUUCACCCAGUACAUCCUGCCCUCCUUCCCUAAUGUCGAGAGUGCCCGUGCUGCUCUUCAGGAGGCAGGUUGUGAGAUGGACAAUGAGGGCUUUGCUGCAGCUGAGCUGAGGGCUGAAGCCACCAAAGGAGACCUGGCUGAACUGCUGACUCUCAUGUCCUCUCCUUCAUUCCCGUCUGUUGACCUGAGUGUUUUCAGAGCAAGCCUCAUCGCUGGCUUCAGAAAGUCAGAUGAUGUAGAGAGCAUGGUGAAGGUCACUGAGCUGCUGUACCAGGAUAAGAGAUUCUGCACUCCUCCCCAGGACCCCAAAGAAUACGUGGCCUACUUUCUGUAUAACCUGAUUGACAGCAUGGGUUCGUCAGAGGUGCAGGCCAAAGAAGAAACACUGCGACAGUAUUUCACCCAGCUCAAGAGCCUGAAUGUCUCCAUCCCUGUAAGUGUGUACAGGGGCAUCCGCAACCUGCUCGACUCAUACCACGUCCCUGAGCUCAUCAAGGAUGUCAUAAUCCUGGUCGAAAACAAAGAAUCUCUUGCCACCGCGGAUACACGUGUACCAAAGAAUCUGGAGGGUAAGCUGGCUAUGCUGGAGGGGCGUCUAUCUGAGUUAAAGGCUGAGGGAAAGCCGGUCACCACCGUCCUGAAGCAGCUCAUGCAGGCACUCUGCAUGGAGGAGAAACUGGACCGUGCUCUUGAGCUGAAGGCCCAGCAUGAGGAGCACAUGGCUGUUGGGGGAUAUGCUGCCCUCAUCAAUCUUUGCUGUCGCCAUGACAACGUGGACGAGGCCAUGAACCUGAAGAGAGAACUCUCCCGUAAAUACUCUGAGGUGGCUCUGGAUUCCAACAAGUACAUGACCCUGGUGCGCGCGCUGUCCAAACAUGGUCGCCUGGAGGAGGCGGUGGACAUCCUGAAGGAGAUGAAGGAGAAGGACGUGGCUCUGAAAGAAAGCAGCUCCAUCCUGCUCUUCCACACGCUCAACGCCGCCGCACUCAAGGGGGACGUGGACACCAUCCGCCGUCUGCAGGACACCGUCUUCACCCUGGGCCUGGCCAAGCCCACAGCCAACCUCUGCUCACCCCUUAUUACAGCUUACCUGGAGAGUGGGAAUCUGGAGGGAGCCGUGGAGGCUUCUAUGGAAUGCCACCGUCAGUACAACCAGAUGCCACGUAUCCAUGACCUCAUCUCCAAGCUGGUGGAGAAGGGCGAGACAGAGACACUGCAGAAAGCGAUGGACUUCAUCAGUCAGGAGCGCGGGGAGAUGACCAUGCUGUACGACCUCUUCUUCGCCUUCAUGCAGACUGGUCGGUACCGGGAGGCCCGGAAGAUCAUCGAGACUCCUGGACUGAGAUCUAGACCAGGGAGGCUGCAGUGGUUCGCCGAGAAAUGCAUCGCACUCAACCAGGUGGAGGUGCUGGAGAACCUGGUGGACUUGACUGGCAAACUGUUUGAGUGUGACAGGGAUGAGAUGUACCAUUAUGUCCUCCGGCUCUGCAACGACACCGGUGACUGGCGUAAGGCUGAAUCCAUGUGGACUAAGAUGCAGGAGGAGAACGUGAUCCCACGUGAGAGGACCCUGCGUCUCCUCGCUAACAUCCUCAAGAGCAACGGCCAGGAGGUGCCCUUCGAUGUGCCCGAGGUGUGGUACGAUCAGGGCACACCUAAGAAUGAGGAAUCCGCGGCCCCAGCUGCAGUCCCCCAUCAGGCCCAGAGGGGGAGCGAUUCCCAGCUACGUGUCGUCACACUCUGCAAGAAGGGCAAAAUCAGAGAGGCCUUUGAGGUGCUGAAGGCGACUGAAAAGGCUGGCGUGGCUCUGGGUGCGUCUCCCUAUGACGUGCUGGUCAAGGCCCUGCUGUCUGAGGGCAACCUGGAGGACGCCAUGGUGGUCCGCGACAUUGCGGCGUCCCAUAUCCCUCAGUUCAAGCUGAGUGACACAGCCAGCAGUCUCCUGCUCAUCACACAAGUCAAGAGGGACCAGGUCAAAGAGGCCAGGGAACUACUUAACAGCAUGCUGGAAGCAAAUCAAGUACCCAGCCAGUUGGCCAUCACCAGAGUGGUCCAGGCCCUGGGUAGCCAUGGCGAUGUGCAGGGUAUCCAGGAAGUGGAGGAACAGGUUAAAAGCAUCGGUGCAUCCAUGAACCUCAGUAGCAUGGUCUUCAUCAAUAACAGUGCACUGGCUCAAAUUAAGAAUGGUGAUAUUGAAGGUGCGGUAGAGACUCUGGAGAAUGUGUACACACAGAAAGGCGACACCAGCCGGGAUGUCAGCAUCUCCUUUGUCUUCAGAAAGGUCAUAGAGCAGAAAAAUGAUCAAGCACUGGACAAGUUGGCUGCGAUGGCGGAGAGGCUGGCCAAUCACUUUGCUUCGUACAGAGCAGCCUCAGACCUGUUCCUGCAGUAUGUGGACUCUGGCCUCAAUGAAGAGGCCAAGUUCCUGCUGAUGCGCUGUGGUGCUGUGGCAGAACAGAAAGACUUCCUGGUGUCGUAUGUGGCCAGGACAUCCCAACAGGCUGGACAGGUGAAUAAAGUUAAGGCACUUGCAGAGAUGGUUCCAGACUUCGCAGAGAAGGAGACCCUGUACUCCUACCUGAUGAAGUGUCAUGGUUUGGAUGAGGACCUGCCCUCCGCUAAGACUCUGUAUGAGCAGGUCCAGAAGGAGGGGGUUGUGAUGGAUGAGUUGUUCAUGAAGAGGCUGGCUCUGCUCUACAGACAAGCGGGCGAGACUGCGCCCUUCCAGGAGCCCCCGGAGUCGUUCAAGUUCUAUGCCAACAUGCUGAGGGAGAAAACGAAAGGCCAAACAGAGCAGUGACGACUGCGACUACUGCUUCCAUCCACUCUCCGUUCCUUAUAUGUUGACUUUUUUUUAUAUGUCUACGCAAACGUAUAUGACGUGUAUAACUGUGAUGUUGUUAGAUGUUAAACUUGUUAGCCUCGCCCAGGAAAUUGGUGAUUUUGAAAAUGGUAUGAUGAUGUACAGAGGUAUUUAUGCUAAUAAACAGACGAGUGUGA